AUGUCCGCCAUUCUCCUCGAGACUCUCCCUCCCCGACCUCCCACUCCUCCCCGAGAGUCUACCUACGAUCCCAUGGCCGAUGCGCCCUUCAAGCAAGUUCUGGCUCGACCAUCCUUCGACCCGAGACUGAGCCUCCAAACCCCGCCCAGCGGUGUCCACUCGCCAAGAUCUGCUGCCACAGACUCGAACCCGAGCUCAAGGAGGAGUGGUAAAAACGUGGCGUUUGCUUCCGAUACCCUGAUCAGGGAAGCUCCCGUAUACGACUCCGAAAAUCGUGUUUCUCCGCCUUCGGGCCCCCUCGUCCCUUCUUCCAAGGCCUCGAAACCUCAAAAGGGCAUCUUGAAGCCCUUCAUCUCCCCGAACCCCCUCGACAUCUCCUUCAAUACCGCCAAUGGUGUGACCAGCCAGUAUAGCCUAAUCAACAUGUUGGAAUCGUCGGCACGCCGUUUGGCCGGCGAUGAUCGGAUUGAUAGGAUGGAUGCCUACGGCAUUCUCAGUCGCGCUCUACGAGCAUCUAAUAACCUGCCCGAUAGGGUCGCCCUCCAGGAGAGGAUGCCUAGAUUCAUGGAGUACAUCCAGCGUGAUAUCACCGUUUCUCCACCGGACUCGUCCCUCACAAACCACGCCCUCACAUUUUUACUCACCAUCCUGCACUUCCCGGGAGUAGCGAGCUCUCUCACGAACGAUUUCGGCAUCUUCAUGAUUGAUCACUGCAUACGCUCGUUCGGGGAUUCGGCCGUCUCCAAGGAUGUCACACGGCACCUCCUCCAGGUCGUUGCGCAACAAAACUUCUCACCGCGUGUCAUGACCCCCGAUCGAGUAGGCCGCCUUCUAGCGGCGUUGAGCAAUAUCGAGCAGCACGUCACGGGGAAGAGCAUCAUCCAUUCCCGCAUCAUGAUCUACAGGCGGUUGAUCAAGCAGUGCAAACCCCUCAUGCUGGUCCAUACCAGCUGGUUACAUGAUCUUCUUGCAGAUACACUGAGCAACACAAAAGAUAUCCGCGGCGCUGCCAUAGUGCUGGGUUUUGAGGCUGCGUCGACCAUCGGCAAGGACAGGCAAGUAUCCAAGAAGCUCGCCGACCUCUUCCAGGCCAUGGUCGAUGAGCAGAAGUAUGUUGACUUCUAUCUCGACCGGUUAAAAACAAUGCUACGGUCGAGGCAGGACGCCUCAUUCGUUCCCAAGAUCUGGAGCGUUGUGCUUCUCCUUAUGAGGGGCAUCCAACUGGACAAGUGGCAAUACUUGAAUCACUGGCUCCGGGUUAUCCAGCAAUGCUUCAACUCCGGCGAUAUGCAGACGAAGCAGGAGGCCAACUACGCAUGGAAUCGAUUCGUCUAUGUUCUCCACUUCGAAGAGGCGUCAUACACCAAACUUCUCGGCAGUACCCUGUGCCAGCCAGUCUGUAGCCAAUGGAAGCGGAAGGUGUCGGCACCCAAGACCGACGAAGGCUUUCAAAACGUCAUAUUCGGCAGUGCUUGCAAUUUAUUUUAUUACACGUUCAAGCCGGGUGUCUCUCAGGGACUGCUCGAUAAGUACUGGGACACGACCGUCAAGCCGGUUAUGCAGCAACUAUGCGCAAACAAUCAGCCGGAGGAGCGUGUUGACCAGGCCAUCUCCAUCCUCACCAGCCUGUUCGAUAAUACGACUCGUCGCCAAUGGAUUGAAGAUCGAGUCCUUACUAACCCCUUGGCCGACGCCUCAGAGCUUCCCCCCUUGGAGCCCAAGUGGCUCCGACACAAUGCCGCCAGGGUAUUCAGCGUGCUUCGGCCCAUUCUCGACAGGAACUUUGCCGACAUCGGGCGUACCUCGACCUCGACCUAUAAGCUGUGGUAUACUCUAAUCGCAUCCGUCUCUUCCGCCGCUUCCAAGGAGAUCAAGGUCUCUUUCGAUACUACGGAGUUCAUCUCGUACGUGUUUACUUCACUCCUGAGAUACUGGAGGAGGGGCAUUACGAAAGAAAACUCCCAGGGCCAGGAUAUCUCUGUAUUCGGGCCUAUCUUCCUCUCUAGCAUCCGUCAAUUCAUCGGCACCGUCGUUGAAGCAUUCGGGCUUCUUCCCUUUACCGAGAAGCAGCUUUGCAGCCGCCAGGACACAUUCACGCCGGCUACAACGCCUUCACAUCGAUCAACCAAGGUUGCUGGUGUCUCGAGGACACCACUCCAUCACCUAUUUACAAUCCUCUCGACACUCCCGAAUGGUGUCCCGGAUGAUGCUGCUUUUGCGGAUUUUUCCACCGGCGUGUUUGCGCCUUUCUUCAAAGCUAAGAACGCAAGGGCAGCCUCCGAUUUGACGCAGGAGAUGCUCAACUCAGUUCCAAUGGAUUCGCUUUGCCCGUACGGACCCUGGAUCAUGGCCGCCAAUGCAGUGAAGACAGCGCUCGCCUCUGGACAAUCUCGAAGUGCUCCAUCUUUCGCUCCGACUAGCAGCCUUGAGCCCCUCGUUGGCAAAGAAUACCGCGAUCUGUGCCGCAUUCUCGAACGUGGCUUUAAAUCGACCCCAAAUCUUCCUUCCGAAUGCUGGUCCUCGUUCCUAGAGGCCGUCGAAACACACAUUACGGAGGAGACCGGGCCCGCGGGCAGGGCACUCGCCUUGGUUGAACCUCUGGCCAAGACAAUACUUGACCAUGUAACCACGACAGGUCGAAGUGUGGAUCCCAGAGCUGUCUAUGCUACUACCGCCCUACUACACAUAGCCAGCCAGCCUCGUGACCGACAGACCGUUGAUUCCGCUCGAAUGCGGCUUUGGGGCACAUCCACGGCAAAAUCAGCCUCGUUCGACCCUUUUGAUAGUCUCUACAAGCUCUCGAACGUCGUGAUGGAGGAGCUAUACAGCAGCCUCGGUGAUGUUGAGAUGGCGAAACUCGCUGCCCCCUUCCUCACAGAACUGGACGGGUUUUUAAGGCGUUGUAACAACAGUCUCGUUCUCAAGACUGUAUGUACUCUACAGGAUGGUUUGGUCUUCUGGAUCAAGGAUGACGAGUCGCGACUAAGCAGCCGGCAAUCUGCGGACACGGCUUCAGCUGCCAAGCAGCUGUGGGAUCAAAUCUGCGACUUCAUCUCGUCUCAGGAGACCGCCGAAAGCCUUCAUCUAGAAACCUUCGAGAGGCUGUUCUGUGCCGCGUUCCAAAGCAAGCACAGGCAUGUGGUGAAUAGCGUCGCCAUGCUAUGGAACAGGAUGUUCCACGAUACUCAAGAGAUCGCCUACCCGGAAGCCCUCCAGACGACGCUCUUGUCCGUUCGAUCUAUGGUAGACCUUGUCUUGCCUGGUCUCGACGAAACAAGUGGAGAGUCGGGGGCUGCACAGCAGCAGCACGCUUUUGUUCAAUCACAGGAUGACAUGGAGGUGCUAAAUAUGUCGCCGCCAAGGUCCACUCGUUCCGAAAGGGUUCAUUUCGUUUCAUCCGGGUCCUCAAUUGCUCCUACGCCCCUUCCCUUCGUCGCGUCCGAUUUUAAGAAGCCGCAAAACAGUGGUCGGAACAGGAAACAGCAGAAGUCCAAGACAAAGUUGCGACAUGAAGAUUCUCAGAUCCAAUUUGAGCCCGUCCCGUCCACCACGGACAAUGAGGAGUCUCAAAACUUGACGGAGCACCAGCUGGAGGUUCGGGAAAGACAACGAGAACAAGAGGUACUGUACAAUAUGAGGUCAUCUAGUCCUACCCGAAACGAGGCCAUGGAAGUGGAUGAUGCCCGCGAUGAGCCCUCUCCCGCUCUCCCAGACCCUAAGAAAGAAACGCCGAAGAGGGACACUCCAGCAAGGCAAAAGUCAUAUGAAGACUACAUUAGCUCAACGCCCACGCCGCGGAGGGGCCAGAUGCUGCCACUUCAAGACGUUGAGAUGUCGGACCCACCUUCGUCGCCUCCGGAACUCUCCCAAGUACGCCGAUAUCCACUUGUACCGGAGAUACAGUCGCGAUCAAACAGCGUCGCCGACAAUGUCAACUGGGAGUUUUCCUCCUCACCGGUGUCCGGUUCUCCUCUCCCACUUCAGAGGGUAAUUGUACAACAGGAGGAGGAACCGGAAGCGGAGGACGACGGUCACGUCCCUGAUGAUAGCGAGGAUAUUGCUGUAGUGGAAGACUCGUUCGCCAUGGAUGUGGUACCGUCGAGCGCUGCGCAUGAGCUCAUGGUGCCGGAAGCUGAGAAGGAAGACGAAGAGGACGAGGCUAAGAAUUUGACGCCUUCCCGACGCCGCACGCGACAGAGUGUCCGACAGGACUCACAGCAGCUGCUGCAGAAGCAGAAGCAAAGUCAAGUCGAGAAGAAGCGCGUCCCAUCGACGCCGCCACGCGAGACAUGCGCACGUGGCCUUGAUGCUACACCCAAAUCAGAUAAUGACGAAUUCGUAGAUGCUCCGAGCAGUCCACAAGUGGUUACGCGCGCGAAGGCACGGCAAAGCCCCAAGGCACCGGAGCCCGUUUCCUCAGUGGAAACUAGCUUCGCUAUUAGCGAGGCAGCCGAGCGAAGCAUGAUCCGACUGGUAGAGGAAGCCGAAGCCAAGCAAGCAGAGAUGAAGCGAAGAACGCGAAGCAGCCGGAGGGCAGCAGUAAAGGACUGCAUAACCGUCAAGACCGACGACGGCGAAGACGAAGACGAAGAUGAAGACGCGGAAGAAGAAAACGCUGGUCGGGAGAUUCCCUCCACCCCCCAGAAGCAAACGAACUCCGUCGAGGCCAAGUCCAAGAAAUCCACGAGUCACAGGCGGAAGCGGAAGAGGGGCUCAGGCUCACGGCAGCACGAUGAGCGAUCGAAGAGGAGACGCUCGGCUGGCGCAACGGAUGACGACGACAGUUCGGCAGCCACCAGCAGCCCAUCGCUUCGUCGCCACUCAAGCCAAGCCCGAAGCAGCGAAGGGGAAGACGAAGAUGUGCAGUCUCAGGUUCUCUCUGAGCACAUUGCGGCUUCGCAGAGCCAAUCUCGACAAUCGCCCGAGCUUGGAGAAAAUGGCCCACCUUCGGGUCUUGGUACAGGCGUUCCUGAUCCCGAAGACGUCGAGAUGGCGAUGGAGGAUGCCGUGAACGAAGGCGGCGCCGGAGCGGACUCUCAGACCGACGGCAGUGUGCUGACGAGCGGGUCCAGCCGUACGAAGGGCCCGACUUACAAAAUCGAGAAGCACUUCAAGAAGGCGUUGGAGAAGAUGCGAACUGUUGCUCUCUCGCGCGAGGAGAUGUAUAGGAUUGAGGAUUUGUUUUUGGACUUUAAGAGGGAGUUGUACGAGGCUGAGAAACGAGGCCGGGAUGUCCACCGGAAGUGA